AUGGCCGACACAGAAGUCGCUGAGAAGAUGAAGCCGUCCGGCCCGGCAAAACUGACCCUCGAAGCAUGGUCUCAGGGCUUCAUGGUUGGUGCCCUGAUCAUCAUGUGUGGCAUCACACUUGCGAAUAUGCGGCGGGGAGUCUUGCUCCACAAGCUCAUCUUGAUCGAGCUUAUACUCGCCAUUCCUAAUGGCUUCUUCAUCUACUUCACCCCUCCGGUAUAUGGCUGGUUUCUCUCGGCAACUGUCGUCCCGCUCAUCGCAUCCUGGACCCUCCAUAAUGUCAUUGCGUGGAUGAAGAGCAAGCCGUUCCUUGGCCGCCGAGGCAAUCUCAUCUACAUUGGCAGCGUCCUCCUCGUCCAGCCCUAUUGGAUCCUUGAGAUAUAUGCAAACUUCACCUUCUUCAGUGGCCGCAACACCGAGCUCUUCACUAAAACUCGGCCAUACGAGGCUGUUUUCCGCGAUCCCUGGUGGAUAUUCACCAUCAUCAAUCUCUUUUACAACAUCAAAUUCCGCUACGAGCUUGGCUUUGUCGAGAUCGUCCAGGUCUCCCCCCGGUUCGGCAUCUUGCUUCUCUGCAUGGCCCUCAGCAUGAUCAGCAUCAUCAUCGACCUUCUCUCCGUCACUCCCGUGAUUCCCAUAGGCGUCAUCAACCCUUUCUGGAAAUUUGCUUUUGUAUUUAAAUGCUUCACCGAUAGUAUCAUCCUGGACGACUUCAGGGCUGCGUUGGACAAGCUCAGCCGACGUCGAAUGGCUCACAUCCUUCCCUUUAAUGUUUUUGCGGACCCCAUGCCGGAACGGGACUUCGUCGGUGGCUACCCGGGAGAAGGCAAGCGACAAAGGAAGCAUGGUGGGGAUCUGUAUGCACAAUCGGUUGCCGAGAUAGACAUGCUUCCAUCCGGGAAAGCGUGUACGUCGUUAUCCGACGUCGGGGGUCUUUGUCCCCCAUCUCCAGUUCGAGUCAGUCAUGUAGAGCACAUAUCACCUUGA